AUGGCUUUCAAGUUGGUGGUCUUAUCCUGCGUUUUGGCCGUGGCAUACGGCAGUGUGGCCCCGGCUGCAUACGCAGCAGCACCUGUCGCUUACACUGCGCCGGUCGCCGCUGCCCCUGUAGUCGCCGCCAGGCUUGAAGAAUUCGAUCCUCUGCCCCAGUACCGAUUUGGCUAUGACGUAGCCGACUCCCUCACUGGUGACUACAAGAGUCAGACAGAGCAGCGUGAUGGGGACGUGGUACAAGGUUCUUACUCGCUUGUGGACCCCGAUGGAACCCGUCGCACAGUGGACUAUGCUGCUGAUCCUAUAAACGGCUUUAAUGCUGUGGUUCGCAAGGAGCCAUUGGUUGCAGCCGCGCCUGCAGUUGUUGCCGCGCCUGCAGUUGUUUCCGAGCCUGUUGUGUCGGCCGCUCGAUAUGCAGCUGCACCUGCAGUUGUUGCCGAGCCUGUUGUGACUGCUGCUAGAUAUGCCGCCCCUGCACCAGUAGCCGUAGCUGCAAAAUUUACCCAACCCACUGUUUACGCAGCAAACUACGCUGCCGCUCCCGUAGCCGCUGCUGUGCCUGCAGCCCCCGUGGUCGCGCGCUACGCUGCUGCACCUGUCGCCGCCGCUGUGGCUACAGGUCCCGUGGUCGCACGCUACGCUGCCCCUGCGCCUGUGGUCGCCGCUCGUUAUGCCGCCACUCCUGUCGUAGCUGCACGCUAUACAGCUCCAAUAGCACCAGCGUACACCGCCGCCUACACUACUGCUUAUGCAGCUCCGGUAGCAGCGCGAGUAGCAACUGCUGCAUACACCGCACCUGUAGCUACCGCAGCCUACGCCGCUCCCGCCGCCGCUGCCUACGCCGCUCCCGCCGCUGCCUACGCCGCUCCCGUCGCCGCUGCUUAUACCGCGCCUGUCGCCGCUGCGUAUACAGCGCCUGUCGCAGCAGCGUAUACCGCGCCCGUCGCCGCAGCUUACAGAACACCUGUAGCCACUGCGUAUACAGCACCAGUGGCGGCUGCCCCGGCUAAACUAGCUGUUGCAUCAGCGCCAGCUACAGUCCGCUCUGCUCCUGCCAAAAUUGUAGAACCAGUGGCUGCUGGCUACAGAUACCCUUGA